AUGACCUGUGCAUCAUGCUCCAACACCGUCACCGACCUAGUCUCUCAACUACCGGGUGUGUCCCACGUCGUCGUAAACUUACUUGGUCACUCGGGGACGUUGAAUGUCGAGAGUCAAGACCUGGUACGCAAGGUUGUGGAGACGAUCGAGGAUGCGGGAUACGAGGCUGAGGUCGUCAGCGUGGAACCUAUCCAUGUUCUUCAGCCCCCGUCCCAUCUACGACCUGCCCGAUCUUCAGAAGGGCCAUACCACGCGGUGUUUUCUGUUGGAGGGAUGACUUGCGCCUCAUGCUCAAACACCAUAACCGAGCUUGUCUCCCAGCUGCCAGGAGUCACUGACGUCGUGGUCAAUGUUCUGGGGAAAUCUGCUAGUGCAACAAUCGAGCAGCGAAAGUUCGCGGACACUAUCGUUGAGACCAUUGAAGACGCGGGCUAUGAAGCAGAGGUAGUCGCAGUCGAAGCUAUAUCGUCUGAGACGGGAGAGCUUGAACAGUCUGGCCCCCGUCAGAUCUCUUUGCGAGUCAAUGGCAUGUUCUGCAAACAUUAUCCAAUAAUACAGCUAUCAUAUCAUCCCAACCCGCCAGAAUUUACCAUACGCACGAUUAUUUCAGCCAUCGCCUCAUCCAAGUCGCCACCGUUUGAGGUAUCCAUAUAUCGCCCGCCAUCACUCGAAGAGAGGGCACGUAGAAUGCAGCUCCACGAACAGCGACAGAUGCUUCUGCGCUUGCUAUUCUCUGUGGUGGUGGCCAUACCUACCUUCAUCAUCGCGAUCGUCUACAUGAGCUUGGUCCCGCACCAGAACCGGACUAGAAGAUACUUCAUGGAGCCCAUAUGGACGGGGAAUGUUUCGAGAGUUGAAUGGGCACUUUUCUUCUUGGCCACUCCGGUCAUGUUCUACAGCGCCGGUGUCUUCCAUCGAAGAAGCCUGAAGGAGAUCAAAGCACUCUGGAGACCCGGAAGCAGGACGCCGAUUUGGAGGCGUUUCGUCAGGUUUGGCAGCAUGAACCUCUUGGUCUCAACAGGUGUUUCGGUUGCAUACUUCGCAUCAAUAGCAUUGCUGGGUCUAGCUGCAGCUCAAUCACCGUCGCCUACUGGGGAUGGGGACACUACGACGUACCUUGACUCCGUCGUCUUUCUUACGAUGUUCCUUUUAGCCGGCCGUUUUAUGGAAGCUCAUAGCAAAACACGCACUGCCGACGCGGUGACAGCCUUGGGCAAACUCCGUCCCGCAGAAGCUCUUCUUCUUAUGCCAUCGUCACAGACCGCGAAUGACCAGACUCGCAUUUCGCAAGACUCUGAUCUCGAGAAAGGCGAUGAAAAGAUAGAAAACGGUCGCAAGCGAGGUUGGGCGGUCCAAAGGACUGACGUUUCUUUACUCGAAGCGGGGGAUAUAGUCCGAGUCCCGAGCGGGUCGACACCCCCCGCUGACGGGACCCUGGUGGCUGGAUCGGAUUGCACUUUCGACGAGAGCUCCCUGACAGGCGAAUCAAGACUGGUCAAGAAGGAGAUCGGUGACAAGGUUUUCCUAGGUACUAUCAAUAAAGGCAACAUGGUAGACAUCCGAGUGGAUUCCAUCGGCGGCGAAAGCAUGUUGGAUCAUGUCGUGAAGAUUGUUCGAGAAGGCCAGACAAGACGAGCACCCAUAGAGCGUAUCGCUGACCUCAUAACGGGGUAUUUUGUCCCUGUUGUCACACUUUUGGCUGUCUUGACCUGGAUAAUCUGGCUCGUCCUGGGGGAGAGCGGAUCCCUCCCUGCAGACUACCUGGAUAUCGAGGUCGGUGGCUGGGUCGUGUGGUCGUUAGAAUUCGCUAUCGCUGUGUUCGUCGUGGCAUGUCCUUGCGGCAUAGGUCUCGCAGCACCUACAGCCCUUUUGGUCGGGUCGGGACUCGCUGCGAAAUUCGGCAUACUCGCACGAGGUGGCGGCGAGGCUUUCCAGGAGGCUGCGCAGUUGGACCUCAUUGUGUUUGACAAGACUGGUACUCUCACCGAAGGAGGGGAACCACGAGUCACGGAUGCGAAGGUUAUAGCCGAUAGGACCAAGUGGAAACCUGAUAUUAUCUUGGGCAUGGCAGCUGAGAUAGAGUCCGCUAGUUCGCAUCCCUUAGCGUCCGCCCUCAAAAAUUACUGUGAGGACAAUGCAGCCUCCACUACGAUGGGCUCUCAGUUCGAAGAAGUCGCCGGAAAGGGAUUGAAGGCCUCUUUCCAAGAGUACCGAUGCUCUGCCAUCAUAGGAAACGAGAGCUGGAUGGCAGAACACGGUGCCAUAAUCCCAGAAGAGAUUGUGGUGCUCAUGAACGGAUGGAAGUCCGAUGCGAAGAGCGUCAUUCUACUUGCCGUUCUUGAUGAAGAGAAUGAACCCAAGGAAGACCGACAUUACAUUGUGGUUGCUGCCUUCGCAGUCGCAGAUCACAUCAGAGGCGAAGCUAGCGAGGUGAUAUCGCGUCUACAAAGACAAGGAAUCAGCACUUGGAUGAUCUCGGGCGACAACGUCACCACUGCGAAAGCAGUGGCCCGCUUGGUCGGCAUCUCCGAGGAGAAUGUCAUCGCGGGCGUUCUACCGCAUCAGAAGCAAGUCGGCCCAAAGCGACCUUCUUCCAACUUUGGGGGCCUAGCCGGACGUCGAACAAUGAAUGACCGCUGCAUUGUAGCAAUGGUGGGGGACGGUAUCAACGACGCACCUGCGCUUUCCGUGGCUGACGUGGGGAUAGCUAUCGGGUCGGGAAGUGAUGUAGCGGUCACAAGCGCUUCUUUCAUCCUUGUGACGUCGAACCUGCGGAGUCUGUUGACGUUGACGGACCUCUCUCGAAAGGUUUUCACUCGCGUCAAAUUCAACUUCCUGUGGGCCGUCAUGUACAACUUGAUUGCACUCCCUAUCGCUGCUGGUGUUGUCUAUCCUGCAGGUCAUGCACGACUUUCUCCGGUGUGGGCGUCAUUGGCGAUGGCUUUAUCGUAA